CCGGAAGUGGCGCUUGCCGCUCUAGGCGCCGCCUGCAGCUCUAUGGUGAUACCUCCACUGCGUGACGUCAUCCGGCGGCGCUAGGCUUCCCCCCCGGAAGUGGAGCCAAGCGGAUGCAAAGAAAGGGUCCACUGCAAUGUAAACACAGAACAAUAAUUGCACCAGGCCAACAGAGCAGUAAACUUCCUUCUUGGCACUCAUGUGACUUUGUUCAGAUAAAGAGAAGCUGAAACCUCUGGAUUUAUUUAAAGCCGCAAGGUCUGGCCUUCCGGAAGGAGACCUUUUCAGAGGAUGGAAAACUGACUUGGAAAUGCCCAGAUGAGAUAGACAUAGGCACCAGAGUUAGGCCAUAACCAUGGACGCUGCGGGGCGCCCUUCGACGGGUCAAGUUGUUCUCCUGGCUACCAGUUCGGCCAUCACUGCAAUCCUGUAUGCCAUUUACAGGCACAAGUCAAAGGUGGUUCACAGCCUGAAGGGAGCCAAAAAAAUCACCCUAGACCAAGAUCUGAAGACUUUCCUUAUGGAGGCACCGGGAAAGUGUGUCCCCUAUGCUGUGAUAGAAGGCGUCGUACGGUCUGUGAAAGAAACUCUCAGCAGCCAGUUUGUGGAAAACUGCAAAGGAGUGGUCCAAAGGCUGACGCUGCAGGAGCACAAAAUGGUGUGGAAUCGAACCACGCACCUCUGGAAUGAUUACGAGAAGAUCAUCCACCAGAGGACCAACACGACGGCUUUCGACUGGUGCCCGGAAGGAGGGACCGACGUCACCGUCAGGGUCCUGAAACUGGAACGGGCCGAGCUCAGCUUGGAGACGGUCUACGAAAAGUUCCACCCGUCCGUCCAGUCGUUCACGGACGUGAUCGGCCACUACAUUAGUGGAGAGCGGCCCAAGGGCAUCCAGGAGACCGAGGAGAUGCUGAGUGGGGCCGCCCUGACCGGCAUCGGGGAGCUGGUCCUCGACAACGCCACCAUCAAACUCCAGCCCCCCAAAGAGGGCAUGCAUCACUACCUCACCAGCCUGGAUUUCGAGGCCUUGGUGCAGAAGCAGGAGUCCAGUGUGCGGCUCUGGCGGGUCCUGACCCUCCUCUUUGGCGUCGCCAGCUGCGCCGUGUCUCUUCCUCCUCCACAAGCAGUUCGCCGGCACCAGGAGAGGCGUCGCUUGCGCCAGAUGGAGAGGCUCUCGCGGCAGGGGGAUGCCGUGAACGCUUGCGUCGUCUGUCUCACCCACCCGUCUUGCGUCUUCCUCGAGUGCGGGCAUGUCUGCUCAUGCACCAAGUGCUAUGCGGCCCUUCCGAGACCCUCGUGCCCGAUUUGUAGGCAAGAAGUAACCAGAGUGGGCCUUAUUAUAACAGCUGAAUGA